AUGAGGCUUGAAAUGGAGAAAUUAGAUGUAACCUACAAGGUUGACGUCACAUUGGGUUACAUUGUUGUAAUGUGUAUUUACAAACAUCUUGGCAUUUUGUUCGCGCUUCCCGUCAUUGUUGUGCACGUUCUUGUGACUGAACAACUGCCCACCGUCACCAAUUCCACGAGCAGUUUAUCAAGUAACCAGACUACUAGCUCGUAUGGGGGGUCAGGAGAAACCACAGCAUCUCCCAAGCAAUUCUGUCGUGAGCAAUUUCCCAGCCAGGCAAGCCGAAUGGGCUAUCAAUUGUUUGUUCUUCUGUCAACCUACGUGCUGCCUUUUGUCGCGAUCAUAAUCAUGAAUUCUAUGAUAGUUUACAAGCUGCAGCAGAGGGGAAGGACAAUCAGAAUAUUAACGGUAAUGAAUCACUGGAUUGGAUCAUCAGAAUAUGACAAGUUUUUUAAACCUAAUUUCUUGAAGUCUCCGUCCAAGUUUACAACAAUAAGUGAAAUUGCAAGCAAACCAAAAUCUGCACAUUAUUUUGAAACUUACUGUUUGAGCACAUCAGAUAUGCAUUUUAUCGAAAUGCCCAGUAUGUUCGGCUCCUCACCGUUUGACUUUCUUCGGCACUCCUCAGUUUUCAUGGAUCACUAA